UUAAUAACAAAGUAAAAUGUAUUAAAAAUCACUAUAUAUGAAUAGUGCUGAAUAAAAAAUAUAAACAAUAAUAUUAUAGAGUUACAUAAUAUAUAAUACUAAAAUGAAAAUUUUAUAUUUAAAACAUUUGUAAUAAUAUCUAAUGCAUUUAUAAAAUGAAAAAAUAUCCGCACGAACGUGCGGGUUAAAAUCUAGUUACGAAAUUAAAAAGGGAUGUUCUUGAAUAAUGCAUCCAAUUGACUUAAGUUUGGUCAACAAGAUGUUUUUUCUUUUACAUUGUUAUGACCGGUAGCUUUGUUGAGAUAUUAGAAUUGGACCAAAAUAUUUUUAAAUAGAGAAGUUUUAUAAUCUUAAUUCUCAAAAUAUCUCAUAUUAUUUUAAACUGCAUUGAUAAAAUACGAGACUAUAUUCACUUAACUUUUUUCAUUCUCUUAAUCUAGUUGGAAAGGUCUCUAACUGUGAAGUGAAAACUUGGAUCAUCAUGUUGUAAUUUACAGUUUCCUGCAUUUUUUGGGAAUCUAUCCAUGUCCCAAACGCCGAUGGCAGGUUCCCAAUAGAGACACAUGGCUUGUGGUAAAAUAAAAAUAUAGUUUUAUAUUUGUCUUUCUCUUGGAUCCUAUAUAAACACUAGUUAAUCAACAUUUAUACUUCAUCAUCACCAUUUGCAUGAUUUGAUCUCAUAACUCAUUUCUGAGAAUAUUUUUCGUAGCUAAAGGCAAAAAUAAGCGAUGACCAUCACUUCAAGCUUUCUAUGUUUGUUUAUCCUUCUUUUGUUUUGCCUCUCGUGUGGAUAUUCCCUUCAUGGAGAUAAGAAUGAAAAGUCAAGUGUUAACUUUGUUUCAAAUGCAAAGCAUGUUGAUGGUUAUGAUGCAAUGAAGAAGGCGCAAGUACAAAGAAGAAGUGGAGAAGAGUUUAGCAAGGAGACGACAAAGAUGAAGAUGAAUCCGAAGAAGCCAAUAGAGAAGGAAACAGGUGUUGAGGAAGAGGAUGAUCUCGUUGCCUACACUGCUGAUUACUGGAAACCAAGGCACCAUCCUCCCAAGAACAACUGACGAGAUUUAUCUUAUAUUUAUAUAAAAGACCCAACAAAAUGAUCCUCCCUAUUAAAUAUUAAUCAAAUAUCAGUAUAAGAUAUUUAUUAUACAUACAUAUAAAUGGGUAAUUUGUAAUUUUGUGAGCUUUGUGUUUGUAAUAUCGUUAUAUUUAUUAUAUAUAUAGAAAUGUGGUAUAUGUAUAACCAAGUGGUGUUAUCUCAAUGGUUUCAUUUUGUCAUUGGUGGAUGUUGUCACAAACACACAUAAAACUUGCUUGUAGUAAAGAAAACGAUUGAAUAUUUGCAGAGUUUGUUUGUGAUUUAUCACCAAGUUUUGUUGUAAUCUUUUCUUCGAUACAUUGUAUAUAAUAGACUUCUUACAUCAAAAAAUCGUCUGAGAAAAAAAAAUGAUGGGGAUUGGUAAAAAUGAAUCAAACAUUGACAAGAUAUGUUCUUACACCAAGAACAACAACCUUACAAGAUGUCACAGUCAAGAACAGGCUCAGACUCUUGAGUCCCAUCCCAAAAAACUGAAGUAAUUAAAAUAGACCUAACACACAUGAAGCUUGAUUAGUUAUAUACCCUUUUCCCCAUUUGAACCCAUUCACCAACACUCUAGUGUAAAAUUCCAGCAUGCUAUAGUCACACUGCAGAUUUGGUAAAGAAACAGGGAAAGCUCAAGAACCACUGAGUUUACCUUCAGAAGAACUUGAACAAGACAAAACGGCUUUAGACUCGAGAAGCAAAACCACCAAUGACGCUUUGUGUUUGUUGAGGGAACCCCAAAGCUGCUUUGCACGGUGCUUUAUCAACAGUACAAUACAUAAGUGACCUGUUCCAAACAAAACCAGAAAGCCACAUAGUAUUAAUUUCAAGGGUAAAGAAUCAAUCAUUCGACGACAAAUGGACAACAAAGAGGAAGUAUC